CAACCCCCUAGAUUCAUGACUCUUCUGCUCUCUUGGGUGUCAGCUUUUUUCCUGGAGGUUGAGGUCAGAGCAGAAGGAAAGGGCAGGCCGGGCUCCUGGAGGAGGGCAGGGCUGGAAUCUCACAGGUUCCGAGGCUUCAUCCUGGUGCUGACCUUCUUCAUCUACACCUGUUAUCACAUGUCCAGGAAGCCCAUCAGUGUUGUCAAGAGCCGUCUGCACCAGAACUGCUCGGAGCUGAUCAAGCCCAUCAACGACAGCCACAGUCUCAAUGACACGACGUGGUGUGACUGGGCUCCAUUCGAUAAGAACAAUUACAAGGAGUUACUGGGGGCCGUGGACAAUGCCUUCCUUGUGGCCUACGCCAUCGGCAUGUUCAUCAGUGGAAUUUUUGGGGAGCGGCUCCCCCUCCGUUACUACCUUUCAGCUGGAAUGUUGCUCAGCGGCCUUUUUACCUCACUCUUUGGCCUCGGAUAUUUCUGGAACAUCCAUGUGCUCUGGUACUUUGUGCUUAUCCAGAUCUGUAACGGACUUGUCCAGACCACCGGCUGGCCCUCUGUGGUGACCUGCGUUGGCAACUGGUUCGGGAAGGGAAAGCGGGGGCUCAUCAUGGGCAUCUGGAACUCACACACAUCCGUGGGCAACAUCCUGGGCUCCCUGAUCGCUGGCGUCUGGGUGAAUGAGCACUGGGGCCUGUCCUUCGUGGUGCCAGGCAUCAUCACCGCUGCCAUGGGCAUCCUCACCUUCCUCUUUCUCAUUGAAUACCCAGAAGAUGUGGACUGUGCGGCUCCCCAGCACCACACUAGUGAUGGGCUGGAAGAGAACCCGGACAGCCCCGAGGACCUAGGGAACGGUCCCUGCACCAACAAGGAGAGCAGCCUGGAGAGCGGGGCCAGGUGCUCCAAGGAGCCAAGGGCACAGCCUGCGGCCAUCAGCUUCCUGGGGGCACUCCGCAUCCCGGGUGUGGUGGAGUUCUCCUUGUGUCUGCUCUUUGCCAAGCUGGUCAGCUACACCUUCCUCUACUGGCUGCCUCUCUACAUCUUCAACGUGGCUCACUUUAGCGCCAAACAGGCUGGGGACCUGUCGACCCUCUUCGAUGUUGGUGGCAUCAUGGGCGGCAUCAUGGCGGGGCUCAUCUCCGACCACACCAACGGCAGGGCCACCACCUGCUGUGUCAUGCUGAUCUUGGCUGCCCCCAUGAUGUUCCUGUAUAACAACAUUGGUCAGAAUGGGAUUACCAACUCUAUAGUAAUGCUGAUCAUUUGUGGGGCUCUGGUCAAUGGUCCUUACGCACUCAUCACCACCGCUGUUUCUGCUGACCUGGGAACUCACGAGAGCCUGAAGGGCAAUGCAAAAGCACUCUCCACCGUCACGGCCAUCAUCGACGGCACUGGGUCCAUAGGUGCGGCUCUGGGGCCUCUGCUGGCUGGACUGAUUUCCCCCACAGGCUGGAACAACGUCUUCUAUAUGCUCAUCUCUGCUGAUGUUCUGGCCUGCCUGCUCCUCUGCCGGUUGGUGUACAAAGAAAUCCUUGCCUGGAAGUCAUCUUUGAGCAGAGACAGAGGGUAUAAAGAGAUAUGAAGCCCUGAUUCGAAGAGAAGCACGGAGGGCCCCAGCUGAUUCCCAAAGUGCUCUCCCCCGACCCCCUCAUGGGGGCAAGACAAUGGAACCCACCACAGACAGGCUGACAGGGCCUCUGAGGGGCUGGGAGGUUCUCCUCGGGAAGGGGCCUGCCAGCAGGAGGACUCACAGCCCUGGGCUCCAGAAGCUGCAAAGCAGAAGGGCUGGGGAUCAGAGCUGAGUGGUAUCUCCAGCUUGGUAAGGGAAGGAUAUGCUCAGGCUCUUGCUUGUUCAGAUUCCGAGACAGGAGGCAGGGGCUGGACAUGGGCCAAGGCCUGGCAAAGGUGUAUCUCUCCUUCCCGUGUGGAAAGUGAGCCUCGGUGCUCAGCCUAUACCUGUCCGUGGAUUUCUGAUCCUAUUUGAGAGCCACCAAGCCUCGCUUCCUUCCUUUGUCCAUAAGCCAGCUUUCUCGUGUAUUUCCCAUGUCAGAACCUCUUCCACCCUGCAUUUGAUCCUGACUCCUGACCUGAGUCGAUUAAAGUGUUAUUACUGUA